AUAUGCGUCAAGCUGGUGAAGUCACCUACGCAGAUGCACACAAGGAAAGAAGAAAUGAGGGAGUGAUUGAGUUUAGAUCCUACUCCGACAUGAGAAGAGCAGUGGACAAGCUUGAUGGAACAGAAGUAAAUGGCAGACAGAUUAGACUGAUUGAAGAUCGACAGAAUUCCCGACGUCGCAGGUCAUAUACUCGGAGCCGCACUCGUUCAAGAUCUCGUUCUCGAAGUAGGCGAUCCCACAAGAGCAGAAGUCACAGCAGCAAGAGUUCAAAAAGUGCAUCCAAAAGCAGAUCCCGAUCCAGGUCUGCUUCCCGCUCACAAAGCAAGAGUCGGAGUAGAAGCAAGAGCAAAAGCCAGAUCAAAAAGAGGGAAAAGAGCAGAAGCCAAAGUAAAGAGAAGAGCAGGAGCAGAAGUCGCAGUGCCGAUGUACACCGGAAGAACACUGACUUAAAGCAAGAAAAUGAUUGGGGUAAAGGUGACAUGAAAGGCAGAAGUAGGAGUCAAAGUAAAGGAAAGAGUAGAAGUAGGAGCGUAAGUAAGGAAAGUAGCAGGAGUAAGAGUAAAGAGAAGCUCAGAGAGGUUAGUAGAAGUAGGAGUAAGAGUAAGGAUAGGAGAAAUGAGAGCAAGAGUAAAAGGAGGAGUAGGAGUAAAAGUAAAGAUAAGAGAAAUGAGUCUAAAAGUAAGGACAGGAGGGAGAGAAGUAAGAGUAAGGACAAGAGAAUUGAGAAAAAAAGUAAGGACAAGAAAAGUGAAAAGGUUAAGGACAAGAAGAAUAAGAAUAUAAAAGAUGAUAAGAAUGAAAGCAAGAGUAAGGAGAGGAGAAGCAGAAGUUUAAGUAAAGUUAAGAAGAAUGAAAGUACAGUUAAGGACAGGAGAAGUAGAAGCACAAGUAAGGAUGGGAGGGAGAGGAGUUUGAGUAAAGACAGGAGUAAGAGCAAGGAUAGGAGUAUGGAUUGGGGCAAGAAGAGCAGGAGUAUGAAUACAGAGAGAAAGAGCAGGAGCUUGAGUAAGGACAGAAGGGGUAAGCUCUUGUAUAAGGAGAAGAAGAGCAGAAGCAAGGACAAGAGGAGUAGGAGUAGUAGUAUGGAGAAGAGAAGCAGGAGUCCUAGUAAAGACAGAAGGAGCAAAAGUCCUACUAAAGAAAGCAUGAGCAGUAGUAAAAGGAGGAGCAGGAGUGCUAGUAAUGAAAGGAUAAGUAGGAGCACUAGUAGAGAUAGGAGUGUUAGUAAGGAGUUAAGACGUGGGAAUGCUAGUAAGGAGAUGAGGAGCAGGAGCACCAGUAGGGACAGGAGCACCCAUAGGGACAGGAGGAGCAGGAGCACCAGUAGAGACAGGAGGAGCAGGAGCAUCAGUAUGGAGAGGGGAAGGAGCAGGAGCAUCAGUAUGGAGAGAAGGAAGAGCAGGAGCAUCAGUAUGGAGAGAAGGAAGAGCAGGAGCAUCAGUAUGGAGAGGGGGAGGAGCAGGAGCAUCAGUAUGGAGAGGAGGAGGAGCAUCAGUAUGGGGAGGGGGAAGAGCAGGAGCAUCAGUAUGGAGAGGAGGAGGAGCAGGAGCAUCAGUAUGGAGAGGGGGAAGAGCAGGAGCAUCAGUGUGGAGAGGGGAAAGAGCAGGAGCAUCAGUGUGGAGAGGAGGAAGAGCAGGAGCGUCAGUGUGGAGAGGGGGAAGAGCAGGAGCGUCAGUGUGGAGAGGGGGAGGAGCAGGAGCGUCAGUGUGGAGAGGGGGAGGAGCAGGAGCGUCAGUGUGGAGAGGGGGAGAAGCAGGAGCGUCAGUGUGGAGAAGAGGAGGAGCAGGAGUGUCACUGUGGAGAGGGGGAGGAGCAGGAGCAUCAGUAUGGAGAGGGGGAGGAGCAGGAGCAUCACUGUGGAGAGGGGGAGGAGCAGGAGCCUCAGUGUGGAGAGGGGGAGGAGCAGGAGCAUCACUGUGGAGAGGGGGAGGAGCAGGAGCCUAAGUAAGGUUAGAAGUAGGAGCAGGAGCCUCAGUAAGGUUAGAAGUAGGAGUAUCAGUAAGGAGAGGAGCAGGAGUGUCAGUAACAUCAGGAGAAGUAGGAGCGUCAGUAAGGAGAGGAGGAGCAGGAGCUUCAGUAAAGAGAGGAGCAGCAGGAGCAUCAGUAGAGGUAGGAGUGUGGAUAAAGAUAUUGCUGUUAGUAAAGACCAAAGUGUGAGUAAGGACAGGAAGAGCAGGAGCAGGAGUAUUCCAAGAGGUAAGAAUAUUCAGAGGAGUAGAAGUAAGAGUCUUGAAAAGAACAGAGACAAGGGUGACGAAAGCACAAAAAAGGUGAGUAAGAACAGGAGCAGGGAAAGAAGUAGGAGUAAGGGCAAAGAAAAGCACAAAAGCAGGGUUAAAGAGCGGAGUAGGAGCAAAGGUAAGGAACGAGGUAAGGAAAGUAGUAAAGAAGUGACUAAAACCAGGACUAAAAGUAGCAGUAAUGAGAAGAGUCUUAGCAAAGCCAGGAGCCGCAGUAAGAGUAGAGAAACAAAAAGCAAAAGCCGCAGUAGAAGUAAGGAGAGAAGGAAGGGAAGCAAGAGAAGCAGAAGUCAAAGUAAAACUGAAAAAAGCAAAAAGCGAAGUAAACAUGAAAGCAAAAUUAGUAAGAAGAAGAAGAAGGGAGACAAGGAGUAUUCUAGAUCCAGAUCUAGGUCAAAAUCAAAACAGAAGGACAGCUCAAAGUCAGAGUUUCGGGAAAGAGAGAAGGGAGCUAGCUCUGGCAAAAAGGAUGUAAAUCAUGGAUUACGAUCUAGGUCCAGAUCACAGUCAAAGCCUGUAACAAAAUCCAGAUCUCAUUCAAGGUCCAGGUCUCAUUCUAAGUCUGCUUCUACGUCACCUUCUCACUCUAGGUCAAGGUCUCGAUCGUGAUCCUAAAUUUGCUGAGUUUAUGUAUCUUGAGAACUUUUUUUAAAAAAAAGUCUUUUGUACCUGUUUAGGUAUUGUGACACAAGUGAAAGUUUAUUUCACAUUAUCAAAGUUGUACAUUUUAACUCUGAUGUUUCUUGUUAAUAUUUGCUGUUUGAACUUAAGGUUGAAUAAUGACUUGUAGGUAGGUAUGUUCUGCAAGGUUUAUUUCUCUUUUAACAUAUUUCCGCCAUUUAGUUCAGACAUAGGAUCAAUAUUUUAAAGUAAUUUUGUGUUAAUAUAUUUUUUGAAACUUUAAAACAGUAAAGCUGAACAGUAAAAAGUUACUGUGUGUAUAUACAUAUAUAUAUCAGUUACCUGCAGAUAGGUCCUUGUAUGUAGUUUAUGAUACUGUGACCGAUUAUUCCUUUUUAUAUUAUUUUGACACCUGUUUCCAUUUUGCGAAGUACAGUGAACUUUGUUUCAGCAAGUUUUGAAUAAAAAAUAUUUUGCUUGACAAGUA